AUGAUGAAACCUCCACCAACGAAAAACCAAGGGACUCCGACGAUAUAUGCAACAUACCCGAUUCAUUGCUAUACCAUGCAAGAUACUAUCUGACCUCUCCACGGAGGAAUCUGUUUGCACCAGCGUCUUAUCAAAGCGAUGAAGAAACCUCUGGUUACAUGUUCAAUUCAUGUCUUGGAUUUAGACUCUAUUAAUGUAUAGAAAGAAUUGGUCCAAUGUGAUAUUGUUAUUGAGUCUGUAAACCGGAUGUAACCGGAGUAUAGUUGCUAUAUAAAGCAGCAUGUAACGGAAAUAUCAACAACAGAAAACACUUUUAUCAUUUGUGCUCAUCUUCUUUUUCGAUCUAGAGCUUUCCUGAUAUGAUAUCAGAGCGGCGAGACUCAAACUCUCGUUCGAUCCGUUCGUUUUCUUCUUUCGUUUGACCUAAAUCAAUCAGUGAUUAUCUCGAUUGAUUCUGUCUGCGGAAGUUUUGAGGAUUACUUUUCUCAAUUCACAAAUUUUUACAUAAGCGAGAUCGAAAAUGGUAAUCGAAAGAAAGGUUGGUCGCCGUGUGAGCAGAGCAACAGCAUCGGCUCGUCGAUCUACCGUUCGUGAAACUCCAUCGCCAGAUCCACCAUCUCCACUUCCCUUCGUAUCAUCGGAAUCAUACAACAGCAUCCAUUCUCUGUUCUAUCUCACGAAUGGAGACAAUCCUGGAGCUGCAAUCAUCUCUGAGAUUUGGAAAGAUCUGGAGACUCGUUAUCAUAUCACUAACAUUCCACGAUCUUACCAACUGUCUCAACAAAUCUGGUCAUUGCAACAAGGAACUAUGGAUCUUGCCACAUACUACACUACUUUGAAGACGCUAUGGGAUGAACCUGAUGGUGCUGCGUGUGCUAAAACAUGCCAUACAUGUGAUUGUUGCAAGGUAAUCAUAAAGAAAAACAUCGCUGAGAAGGAAGGGAUACCACUCACAGGAACAUCGAGUAAGAUGAAAUUAGCAAAAUACUUCCUAUAGAAUGGUGCAUCUCUGAAGAGACUGACACUAAUUACGAGUUUCUGCAACAUCAUCAACGAGAUCAAUCUGAUCCCAAGAAUCUCAACGAGGUGUCAAGUUGUCAUGGAUUAGUUUUUUCUUUCUGAAACUGCAUGGAUUAGUUGAGCCAGUUUACAAGGUCAUUUAUGAUAAAUCCAGUUUUAUA